AUGGCCGACUUGGAGCGCAUAAGACUGGUCAUACUGGGUGGUGCUGGUGGGGGAAAAAGAUCCAUCAUCAAACGUUUCCUCUUCAAGAUCUAUACGGACAAAUAUCGUGCCCCUGUAGAGGAUCUCUUUAAUCGGGAAUAUGAUUUGGGCGGCGCCACACUGAAGGUUGACAUUUUAGACACUUCCGGUGAUAUGCAAUUUCCCGCUAUGCGCCGCCUGUACAUUGCCACCGCCCACGCUUUCAUGCUGGUUUAUGCGUCCACGUCUGCGUCGAGUUUUCAAUGUGUCAAACAGUGUUUUGAAGAGAUACGUGAGCAGCGCGCCGACUAUCAGGAUAUUCCCAUUGUUAUCGCCGGCAAUAAGUCUGAUCUGGCCAAUACACACCGAGAGGUGCGACUGGAAGAAGUCAGAGACUGGGCCUACUGUGAAUUGCCGCGUCUAAGAGCGAAAGUGCUGGAGUGCUCCGCCAAAGAGGAUCAAAACGUGACUGACCUCUUCAAAACUUUGCUGUCACUAUCGCGAUUUCUGCCUAUCGGGAGCAAUAAUGACGGUACAAGUGGACUCAAACGACGCUCUUCGGCAUACGUUAGUGCAUCGUCGAGUAGAAACAAGAAUCGCAAUGCCACUCUUUCCGUUUCCGGUGAUAAAAAGUCCAGCUUGGCCGAAGCUGCCGAUCCAGCCACCAGCAGCGGUGAUGUUAAGCUAAAGCCCAGAUCUAGGUCACUCAUACGUCGUGGAUCACGCAAAGCCAAACAGCAAAUCAACAACGCGUCCGAUGACUGUAAUUUGCAAUAAAGCAGCGGAAGGAGGCAAUCUUGAAAGGUUGAUUAGGCAGAAAUGUAUGUAGUAAUUACAUAAAAAAUAAUAGAUCAGAGAAGAAAACGCACAACAACAACAAAAACAAGCAACUAUAAGCAGCAAAAAAAGCAAAGACAAGCAGAAAUUCAAAGUUACAAAUAUCGGCAUAAGCUUAGGCGAGUGUGUGUAUGUGUGUGUGCUGGUGUUAGUGUGCAAGUAAGUAGGCAUAGACGCGUGUGUGUGUACAUUGUGAAUAUGUACAAUUUUAAUUAACAGUCGUCAAAACGAAUUCACCCCAAUUAUCGCGUGAAUGAUGACGCGGAAAAAAUUACACAUUUUGAUAUGAGCACUUAAUUCGAAAUAUUAGACUUAUAUAAUAUAUAAUAAAAACAAAAACAAAAGAAGUGUCGUUGAUUAGACGGAAAAUAGCUAUGGAUUUGUCAACAUGAACUUAAAUGUGUGUGUGUGUUGUUACAUACGUUUGUUUGCACAUAAGCAAACGUACUUUUGUAGGCGUGUAUGUAUAGGCAGGCAGUUAUUGCGGUCAAAAAGCAACAAAUUAACGGUUAAAAAAAAUUAAAAAAAUAUGUAAACAAAUAUUUACAACUUUUACUAAAAAAUUUAUUUAUUGUAGUUUAAUGUCGCACUAGUUGUUAUUCAAAUUUAACAAAUAUUAAUUAAAAUAAUUAGCGUAAUUUUUUAUAA